GCGGGGCAGCGGCGGGAUGGCUGCGGCCGGCGGCGGGGCGGCGGCGGGCCGAGCCUACUCCUUCAAGGUGGUGCUGCUCGGGGAAGGCUGCGUGGGGAAGACGUCGCUGGUGCUGCGCUACUGCGAGAACAAGUUCAACGACAAGCACAUCACCACCCUGCAGGCAUCUUUCUUAACAAAGAAGUUAAAUAUUGGUGGAAAAAGAGUAAACCUUGCCAUAUGGGAUACCGCAGGUCAAGAGAGAUUCCAUGCAUUGGGUCCAAUUUACUACCGAGAUUCAAAUGGAGCUAUUUUAGUUUAUGAUAUAACGGAUGAAGAUUCCUUUCAGAAGGUAAAAAACUGGGUCAAAGAGCUACGGAAAAUGUUGGGAAAUGAAAUUUGUUUGUGUAUAGUUGGUAAUAAAAUAGACUUGGAAAAGGAGAGACAUGUUUCCAUCCAAGAAGCAGAGUCGUAUGCAGAUUCUGUGGGAGCAAAACAUUAUCAUACUUCUGCUAAACAAAACAAAGGAAUUGAGGAACUUUUCCUUGACCUCUGUAAAAGAAUGAUAGAGACAGCGCAAGUGGAUGAGAGGGCGAAAGGCAAUGGCUCUAGUCAAGCUGGAGCUGCUAGGCGAGGCGUGCAGAUCAUCGAUGACGAGCCUCAAGCUCAGAGCGGUAGUGGAGGGUGCUGUUCUUCUGGAUAACUGCUCACGUGUGAAGCUCAGACAAAACAGGACUGUGGAUCAUUGCCCUCAACAUGAAGACUGCCAUAUUCCAAGUCACAUCAUUUUACCAAUGGAGUUAGAAUUAACAGUAUUUUAAAUUACGUUUAUAACACUGAAGAGACCUUAAGUGCUAAACUUAGUGGAGUUUGUGACCAGAGAAUUGGCAUUUUCUACAAAUGUUAACAAAGCAAUUACCAAUGGCCUUUUUACAUAUUUUUUUCUUUAAUGAGGAAUAAUAUGCAUGUAGAAAAAAACCUACUUAAAGGCUUCAUUUAUAUUCUUUUAAAUCAGAUCUUUAUUUAAUAACUUAUAUAUGAUGUUGGAAUGGUAUACAUUUUUGCAGUUCUUUGUAUUUUGUGGUAGUUUGAAUUGUAUCACUUCUAAACAGCAUACUGUUUUUGUUUUUGUUUUUGAUUAGCAGAUACCUGAAGUUCUAUUUUUGCAGGGUUUGCACAGGCCCCUAACUGUCUACUACUUUGAUAUAAUCUAUAAACAUCCUGUAUGCUGAGCUGGUAAAAUACAUUGUAAAUUACAUAUUAAAUAUUUUAUCUGCUUUUUCAAGCGCAAGGUGCAAAAAUAUAUACAAUUGUCUUAUUGGUGACUGUAAAGUGAAUUAGCCGUUGGUGACGAUACCUAAGCUUUUUGACUCUGUUACAACGAUCAUCAUCCUCCUUCACUUUGUCUUAACGUGACAGUGGCGUGUUUAAAUUUACACAUACUUUACUUGAAUUAUUGUUGUCACUUUUUUCCUUUUUUUUUUUGACCUCUUUAAGUCCCAGUGAUCAAAAAGCAGCAUUUGCCUUUUUAUUAUUAUUAAACAAGAUCUUUUUUCUGUCUUUUUUUUUUUUUUAGAACAGUUAUCUAACAAGAAUUUGAGUGUAGCUUGCCAAGUUUCACUUCUGCAACAACUUGAGUUUCUUAUAGGGCUUUCCAUGAGAUGGAUUACUGGCCUGAGAACAGGGGUCCCAGGUAGUAGCCACUGACUAAGGCUUAUUUAUGUAGGGUGUUGAGUGGUAAUUUAUGCCUCUGAGGCAGAACUUCUGAUCCCUUAUGAGGAUGUUUUAUUGGUCAUUGCUUGUCAGAAAUGAAUAUAGAAAGUUGUGUUUCCUUUUCUAAGCGUUAUUUCAGUUUCUAUAGGAAGAAGCAUUUUGUAAUGCAGUUACAGAAACACUGGAAAGAUUUAUUAUAAAAUCAUAUUCUUGUUUAUCUUGUAACUAGUCCCACAUUGGAUUUUUUUUUCCCAUUGGACUGAAAAUUUGAUCAUUUAAAAAUGAAUCAGGCAUUGCUCACAGAAGAGACAGAUUGUAGAAAUUAACAUAAAUUGUUCUAAUAUAUAUAUAUAUUUUCCCAUUUCUGUCAUGCUUGGAAAACUAGUAAAUGUUGUGUGUAAGAUAAGAUGAAAUGGUCCCUGGAUUUACUUCUUCUAAGAAUUAGAAUAUAGUAAUGCAGUUAGUAAGCAUUUCUGAAGACACGAGAAUGUGUGAUGGUCACCGAGCAAAUACUACCAUGUUCUUAGAAGUAGAUUAAACCUUCCCAAAUAGGCAGUAAGUUGAAUGACUUGACACCUUGCCAUCUAAAUAGUAGGGAUUUAUUUAGCAUUGUGUUCUCUGAGCCCUCUCUUUAGAUAUUUUACUUAUCGACCUUGACAGAUGCAAAACACUGACUCUUUGCUGUGUGCCUGAGAUGGUGAGCAUGGAAAGUCAAGAGAAUGAGCUACAGCUGUGUCCUGUUGCAGGCUGGUUGAGCUGUGCCAUUCCUGGGUUUCCUUUGGAGUUGGUAAUUAAAUGCAGGGGCAGAAGGGAGAGCGGAAAUCACAAGUCAUUGGAGAAUUUGUUCCUAUGCUCUGGCUUUUUGAAGAGUAAAGACUGCUGCCAAUAUAUAGGAAAUAUACUUUCCUCACUGGAAUAGAAUACUGUUUUUUUUUUAAACUAGAGAUGAAAUUAAAAUAAGUUAAACUUGAUCAUUGGAGGGUUGUGCUUGAGUUUUUCACUGUCAGUUGUAUGAAGUCCAUACGGGAGCCUCUGCUCUGGACUUGCUGGUAAUUACUCCUGGGGUAGGCACUAUCCUCUGUAGUUUGCCACCUCCCACAUCUCAUUCUCUCUCUUUAAACCUGUGAUCCAUACUAACUGAACAAGAGACAGGUAAUGCGGUACACCUGCUGGGCUCCAAGGCAUGAAGGAGCUUAAGUGGAAUGAGGGAAAGAAAAGGAUCAGUCAGCUGCAUGCACGUGGGAGAGAAGGAUAAAGCAGUGAUAGACUGAGGCCAGCAAAGUGUUCCUGGUCCUGUCUUCUGGUCUAUCUGUGUUCCUGUCCUAAUAACUGUGCUGUUAGGAAAAGGCGUAAGAUGGCAUGGUGGUGUGUAUUGAAAGUAGAUGCUAGAUGGAACUCUCCACAAGUAUAUACAUGUCACGUAACCUAAAGUUAGUUUAAGACAGUCAUCAAUUUCAUUAUUAUGUUAAAGUAUACAGUCACCAUUUCUGUAAUGAGUAGCUUGCUGCUUGUUUUGCUUUAUGAUUAUGGAAGGUGUUUUUAAAAAAUGUAUUCUGCAACAGUUGGGGUAAGCAGUAAUUUGAAGAGAAAAGAGUAUCAUGUUGUUAUAUGAAAUAUACAUGCUUGUGUUUGGAGUGUCUCCUAAGAAUACCCUAAGAUUAUGAUUGUUACUGUAUUGAAAUCUUUUUUUCAUACUAACUCUAAAUUAUUGUUUUUCUUUGGUGUUAAAAAAUGUUUCUUUUUUUUUUUCUUUUCUUUUGGUUUCCAGUAAUAAAAGAUAAAGUCCAGCAAAUAAAAAGGAAAUAGAAGUCACACACACAUGCACAACUCUCUAAUCCAACAAUGUUUAUCUUUACUUUGAUAAAUACAUUGUGUUUAUCAUUGGAUAGUUUCUAGAUAAGGCAAGAUACACAAUUAUGUGCCAAAUAAUUAGAGCAUUUAAAGUAGACUGUGAUACUGUUUAUAAUUUUCUGUUUAUAAAUGUCAUUAGGCUUCUACACCAUGGACCUUCAUUAUUUAUUUGAGAUAAUGUAGGUACAUUUGCAAAGGUAAAUUAUAUUAUCUCGAUGUGAUUUGAUUUGUUCCUUUAACUUCCAAAUUAUCUUUUUAUGUCCUUAUGGCCAUUUUGAACCUUGAGAUUCUCCAGGAAGGGGUGGAGAUAGUAGUUACCAAUAGGAAGCUCACAAUCAUGUAUAAAGAGACUUUACAUACAUACUUUUCUAAAUUAUAAAACGCAUUGCCCAGGUUUUCAUAAAAAGCUGAUACUGAAGGGCUGGAGAGAUGGCUCAGUGAUUAAGAGCACUGACUGUUCUUCCAGAGGUCCUGAGUUCAAUUCCCAGCAACCACAUGGUGGCUCACAACCACCUUGAGUGAGAUCUGGUGCCCCCUGCUGGCAGGCAGACAGGAGACAGUAUACAAAAAAAAAAGCUGAUACUGAGCUAUAUGUACUGUGCUUCAUCAUAGGCUACUAUGUUGCUGUUAACACCUGGAACAGAGUAAUAUAUUGUGUUAUGGGCCACUCAUAGGCUACUAUGUUACUAUUGUUCAUUAACACUUGUAACACAGUAAUACAUUUUGUGUUAUGGACCAGAAUUCAUGCUACAUUUAUAUCUUGGCUUUGAUGACCUUUCUCUUUUCAAGAAAACCAGUUAAUUUCACUUUUGAACAUAAUUUUCCAAUUGCCUUUAGCAUAUAACAUUGGAGAAAAAUAAAAGACUAGCCUUAAACUUGUUAUGUAA